CACUUUCAUGUCUAACCUGCCCUUUUUUCUCUGUGCCAAAAUCAAGAAGAAGAUAUCAAACGUUUGACAGUUGUGUAGUUAAUGUAGUGUAUAGUAUAAAAAUGCAUGUUUCAAAGUAAUGAGAGUUGUCGGGAUAAGAUGCAUUUUUACUUCGCUGUAGUGCCCAUUAAGUGAUAAUAUUUACCCAACACGUGUAAACAUAAUCUGAAGAUGGCGGUAGGGACAACGAAAGUCAUCCAAGUAACCAACAUCGCGCCUCAAGCCACGAAAGACCAGAUGCAGGUCUUAUUUGGCUAUCUGGGCAAAAUUGAAGACAUUCGCUUAUAUCCCACAAUAAGAGAUGUGUCUUGUCCAGUUCAGUCCCGAAUAUGCUACAUUAAAUUCGUGGAUGUUUCUACGAUACCCAUAGCACAACAUAUGACAAACACGGUCUUUAUUGACAGAGCUUUGAUAGUGAUCCCCAUCUCCAAUGGGGAAAUCCCCGACGAGUACUAUGCCCUUGAAAUGACAAGGAAUGGAACAGUUGUGCCUGGUCUGACAAUUAAUGAUCCUAAGCUGCCCCCUCACGUUGUGAAUUCUGUUCACGGCUCUGGGGAAGAUCAGGUGAUACUCACCACCGACACAAACUUGGAUUCGAAUGGUUUGCCCCCGUAUCCCCCGCUGCCUGCCAAUUUUGACUCUGCCAAAAUCGAGGAGACUAGGCGGACAGUGCUUUUGUUGAACUAUGACCCAGAUGUCAGCAAAGACGAAGUUAUUGACUUCUUCAGUGCUGCUGGGGAGGUAAAAUACCUCAGAACAUGCAAGAGGGAUUCCGACGAUAGCACCAACAUGCUGGUGGAGUUUACAGAUCAGUCGAGCAUUAUAAACGCUCUGAAGUUGAACGGCAAGGAGCUUAAAGGUAAAGUGGUGGAGAUCCAGCAUUCCACUCAACCAAUUACCAAGCCACAGACUAAAAGCAAUGAAGCUGCUCAGAAGGAAAUCGAAGAGGCUAUGACCAGGUUUAAGGAAGCUCAGAAUAUGAUCAACGCUUCAAUAGAGCCCGUUAUAGGUAUGCUGACUAAAGAUAAACGCAGCUCACGCAGGUCGAGGUCAAGGUCGAGGGGAAGGAGAAGAAGAUCGAGGUCUAGAUCACGCUCUAGGAGGAGGUCCAGGUCUCGCAGGCGUAGAUCAACCUCCCGAAGAAGAAGUAGGUCGAGAGACCGUAAACGGAGGUCAAAAUCUAGGUCUAGAAAGAGAUCUAGGUCAAGGUCUAGAAGGUCUUGUUCAAGAAGCUCCAAAUCUCGCAGAUCUCGCUCUAAAUCAAGGGUAAGAAGCCGUCACAAAUCCAGAGAACGUGUUUCCAGAGUUCGAUCCAGAGACAGAGACCGUAAAUCAAGGGACCGAGACCGAUCAAGAGACAGAAAGCGCAGCCGAGACAAGGACAGGAAGUCUCGGGAAAGAGAUUCGUCCAAAGAAAAAGAAAAGGAAAAAGAAAAGGAGAAAGAAAAGUCCAGCUCAGAGUCAAAAGAGAAAAAGAGUGAGAAAGAGAGCAGCGUUGACAUACCUUCAGAAAGGAGAGUCUCAAGGUCCAGGAGCCGAAGCAAGAGGAGGUCCAGAUCCAGAGACCGUAAAACGAGAGAUCGGAAAAGGUCUCGAUCUAGAGGUAGCAGACGGAGAUCGCCAUCACCACGUGUCCCUAAAAAGCGAAGGUCUAGAUCUAAAAGCAGGGACAGAGACCGAAAGAGAGAUAAAAAAUCAGAUCGAAAAGAUAGAGAUAGAAGAGAAAGGGAUAAGAAGUCGAGGUCCCGUUCUAGGUCAAGGAGGUCAGCUUCUAGGCGGUCAACACGGUCACAUUCUAAGGUUCCCAGAAACUACGAUGAAGAGGAAAAAGGCUUUGAUAGUUCCAAAGAAAAGAGCAAAGAGAAAGAGAUUCAACCGCCUGCACCAGAGAAGGAUUCUCCUGAGAAAUCCGAUAACAUGGAUAUUUCUAAUUCUCCUUGAGUAAAGCUUUUUUUCAGUAGGUUUAAUGUGCAUUUUAUUUGAUGAAUAAAUAUUUCAAGAUAUAUUGUUA